AUGGACUUAGCUCUCCGCGAUGCCGAGACUCGAUUUAUCGAGCUCCACCCUGAAUCGCAACGCCUGCAUAGGCUGUCACUCGAUAGCUUACCGGGAGGAAAUACCCGCACUCUGCUGCACACAGCACCGUUUCCAGUUUUCAUGCGCAAGGGCCAAGGAGAAGAACUGUGGGAUGAGGAUGGGAACAAAUACUAUGAUCUAGUCGGCGAGUUAUCCGCCGGGUUAUAUGGCCAUUCUCACCCAACGCUGCAAAAGGUGUUGACAGAUACCAUUCAGAAUGUCGGGUUGAGUCUUGGAGCAACGAAUGUUUAUGAGCAGCGAUAUGCCUCGUUGCUGUGCAAGCGAUUCGGACUCGAACGAGUUCGAUUUACAAACUCCGGAACGGAAGCAAACAUACACUGCCUUGCUGCAGCCAGGAAAUUCACUAGUCGUCGUAAGAUUAUCGUCUUCCGCGGAGCAUAUCAUGGUAGCGUGCUGUCAUUUGGAGCUGGCAUCCCGGAAAACAACAUCGACCAAAUUGAUUGGGUGCUAGUGCAAUACAACGAUUCUAAAGGCGUUCGGGAAGCGUUUUCCCAGAAUAGUGAUGUUGCCGCCGUCAUUCUGGAGGGGAUUCAGGGGGCUGGUGGGUUCAUUUCCGCAUCGCCGGAGUUCCUAGGAACAAUCCGCGAGGAGAGCGAGAAAGCAGGUGCGUUGAUGAUUCUGGAUGAGGUGAUGACAUCUCGGUUGGCACCGGGUGGACUAAAAGAUGUGAUUGGGGUCACACCGGAUCUUAUCACUUUGGGCAAAUAUCUGGGCGGAGGCCUGCCAUUCGGUGCUUUCGGUGGCCGAGCAGAUAUCAUGGAUGUUUUCAACCCUCUCACGUCCGGGGCUUUGGCACACUCUGGCACAUUCCAGAAUAACACUUUGAUGCUACACUCUGGGUAUGCGGGACUCUGUAAAGUGUAUACGGCUGAAGUUGCUCAGUCGCUCAAUGCUUUAGGUGAUGACUUGCGCCAACGCUUGCAACGGGUCUUUGUGGGAUCCAAGUUCUGCGUCACUGGCCAGGGUUCUCUUAUGUGCGUUCACAUCACCGAGACAGGACUUCGCGCGGAACAGAUCACUUGUCGAGAUGAUGUUGCUGCGGUUGAGGCUGCGGAUCUCAAGCAGCUUUUCUGGCUGGAACUGGUGAAUGCAGGGUUCUGGGUUCAGAACCGAGGAUCAAUUACCUUGAAUAUCGCCAUAUCUACCGCAGCUCUUGAUGCGUUCGUUGAAGCUGUCGAGGAGUUUUGCGAAAAACACAGAUCGUUGAUUGUAGUUUAG